GAAAUUGCUUGACUCGCUCCCCAAGGAAUGGAGCCUGCAGUGUAUGAUGAUCAAGAAGGAAUUCCUCAACAAUCCUAAUCCUGUUACUCUGUCAGAUCUGAUCAACACUCUAAGGGCAUUUGAAAUGGACGUAAACAAGAGAGAGAUGAACACUGCUGGAUAUCAACCUAAAGCAACUCAACCUUCAGCAGGACUGAAGAAUGUAGCGUUUCUCGCUUCAGGGGGCAUUACUCCACAAGCUUCUGAUCUAAUUUAUGCAAAUGCUUCCGCAAGCGCAUCUAAAGCCCCACAACUUGUUGAGAAAACGAUCACUGUCGAUACUCAAGCACUGAAAGUUUCAACCGAGAAUGUGGCACUCUUCAACACUUUCCUAAGCAGCUAUGAAGCCCUAAUGUCUGGGGAAUUGAAGAAGGAGAUGUUUACUGCCGAAGACAUGUAUCAGGUUGAUCCAGAUGAUAUGGAAGAAAUGGAUCUGAAAUGGCAAAUGGCCAUGAUCACUCUGAGAUUGAAGAAGUUUCAAGACAAGACAGGCAAGCGAUUAGGUCUUGGAAAAGCUGGUUUUGACAAGUCUAAGCUGAGGUGCUACAACUGUAAGAAUCUUGGACACUUCAAGCGUGACUGUCCGAUGUUGAAAGAGGGAAACAGUGAAGCUACUCCUGCUGCUAAACAGAUCACUGCCGAAGAGAACAAAAGCAACGCUUCUCCCAGCACGCCAAAGGCUUUGGUUGUUGAAGACUAUGACUGGAGCGAAGAGAUCACUGAAGCUAAGGAACAAGUCAACAAAGCACUGAUGGCCAAAAUCUCUAGUGAAUCAUCUGCAAAGCACUUUGAGAAGCAGACAAAGGGAAUCCCAACUGGAAACAAUGAUGCUGACCAGGGAUUGAAAGGUAUUCUGCCUUCAGUGGAGUCUGGUGAUAAAGCUGAAAAAGAUGCUGAGAAAGGAAAGGAUAAAGUUCAAGCUACAGCCAUGAAAGCAGAUGCAUCAAAAGAGAAGGCUGACAAAGACUUGAUUCCAUUGAGUGUAAAGAAGAUGUGUGCGAUGAUGAUGGAGACUGCGGAGGGUCAAAAAUAGGAAUUGGUUAUUCAGGCGACAGUUAUUCCACCGUUAACUGGUUCGUCUGGAAUUGUUCUAAAAACAAUGUUAAGGAUGAAUGUAAUAGUUUAAGUAGGAUGGAUGACUGUAAUGGCCAAGUGCCUAAAACUAAAUCUGUGGAUGAAUGUAAGGGCCAUGUGCCUACAUUUGAGACCCGUGAUCAUGAACCUUAUGUGUCUGAAUGUCAUGGUUUGAAUUAUGCGUG